AUUUCCUCUUGUCUUUCUCCGCCCCCAACACCACGUGCUUCGUUCAGGAGCCCUGCCUCGGCAGCAGUGGUUGGCUGGCUCAUUGUUCUGCUCUUCCUCCAGGGACAUUUUCUCAGCGUUUCUGAGCAUUGCUGAAGCAGCUGCACAAUGUAUAUAUUUUUUUAAAAAAGAAAGAAGCCUCUGCAGUGCUAUCAUGCUACCAAAAAGACUGUUUGACUCAUGAAGAUAAGAGAGGGCCUUUCUGAUUGUGGCACCCAAGUUGAGGAACAGCCUCUCAACCAAGGGAGCUCUCACUUCUAGCCACCUGCCUACUCACACUCCUGAAAGGAAACUCACACUGAAUUGGAAGUAGAGAGCUGAGGAUUCCGGAAAAUUCGAAGAUUUGAGUCCUAGCUGUUUACUCUGAGCCAAAAUAAUAGAAUCAUGGAGCUAGAAGGGAUCAAGAGGCCAUAAAGUAUUAUCCCAGCUCAUCCACUCAAGAGUGAGGGUCAAAAAGAGCUUGUGAGUCACCACACUCCUACAGGAAGUGUUCCUUCCCAGGGUGCUGGUUGCCAUGCGAUGUUUCCUGAGGCGUUCACUUGUUGCAGCCAUUCUACUCCUUGUGGUCAUCCUGCUCUUCAUGAAUCUGCUUCUUUGGACCCAAGAGGACCCUGGGAUUGGGGAGUUACGGCAAUGGGCUCAGGACAUAGGGCUACAAGAACUUCAUGCUGACUGGAACUUGCAUAGCCUUCAAAAGCUAGGCAAUGCCACCAACCUCCUGAACGUCUCUUAUCGUUAUCUUGCUGGCAUCCCCCCACUCCAGAAAAAGCUGCUGACUGUGGGAUUGUGUUCUGUCAAGCGCAAGCGUGAAAAUUAUCUCCUGGAAACCCUGAGGUCUGUCUUUGAACAAUCGACUCAAGAAGAGCUGAAGGAAAUGGUAGUUGUGGUACACUUGGCUGAUCCGGACCAGGAGUGGAACAAUCAGGUGGUUGAGAAUAUAGGCAGGAGAUUUGCUCUUCAACUCCUGCUGGGCCACCUGCUAGUUAUCCAUGCUCCAUUUGAGCACUACCCUCCCCUAGAAGGCCUAAAAAGAAACUUUAAUGAUGCUGAAGAGCGUGUGCGAUUCAGAUCAAAGCAGAACGUGGACUAUGCCUACCUCAUGAACUUUGCAGCCAACCUCUCCACCUACUACCUCAUGAUCGAGGAUGAUGUCCGCUGUUCCAAGUCCUUCUUCUCAGCCAUCAAGCGGGUGCUGGCAUCCCAGGAGCUCUCCUACUGGGUCACGCUGGAGUUCUCCAAGCUUGGCUACAUUGGCAAGCUCUACCACUCCAGUGAUCUGCCCCGGCUUGCUCGGUUCCUCAUCCUCUUUUACCAAGAGAUGCCCUGUGACUGGCUUUUGGUGCACUUUCGCCUCCUCCUUACUCAGAAGGAGGUCAUUCGUUUCAAGCCAUCGCUCUUCCAGCAUGUUGGCCACUACUCCUCCUUCCAAGGCACGGCAAACAGGCUGAAAGAUGAAGACUUUGAAGAGGACCCCAAUACGCUCCCUGAUAAUCCCCCUGCAGACAUGAUUACAGAUAUUCACACGUUUGAGAAUUACCUUCCCAGCAAGGCAUAUAGCAACACAGAGGAUUACUUUUGGGGCAAGGCCCCUUCUACUGGCAACUCGUUCACACUUGUAUUCAAGCAGCCUGCCCACAUCUUUUGCAUCCGUAUCCAUACAGGCUCUAAGCAGCGCCAGGGGGACUAUCUCCGGGCAGGGCUUGUGCAGCUGGGGACCCAGAAGAAGAGGGGUGGCAGGGGCUGUGCCACAUUCAUCUCUGUUGGAGUCUUUGUGCAAGGACAAUUUGACAGGCAAGGCCUGGAGAACAGCACAGCCUCUCCCCCUGAAUGUGUGCGCAUUCUUGUGACUGCGAGUCAAAAUGAAUGGCUCAUCAUAAGCAGCAUAAGCAUCUGGACAAAGCCCAGUCUCUGAAUGAGCUCCAUCCUGGGUGUGUCAGGACCUUUAGCGUAGGAAUCCUGCUUGUGGGCACUGGCAGGCCCUCUUGAUGCAGGAAUCCAGGGUGCAGAGGCAAAAGCAGAUUUGGCAUUCUCAACCAGAGCCUUCAAAAUUUACAAACUAGAUGUUUCUGAUCUACUGAUUAGAGCAUCAGAUCCUGCCAGCAGUAUCUGAUACCCAACAAGCUGGGCAACUAGCAGUGUCUUCAGCUGUACCUAUUGGGGAAGACUAUUGCUUAAAUCCUCUGCCCUUUAAUUGGACAGGCAGGUGGCCAAAGUCAUCUUUGUGCUCCCAGCCACAUGACAAUUCUGUAAAGGGGCUGGAGACAUACUGAUAAGACUGGAGGCUGGAACAAAGUAGCAAGACCAAUUUGUAGCCUUAGAAACCAUCUCCUAGGAGAUGCUUUGGCUUUGUGCCACCCAGACUUGCUUGCCAUGGAAGGAAGGCAAGCCAACCACUUUGCAGCGUUUUCUGUGAGUUAAUAUGCAAGUAAGGGUUGGAGGAAGGACAUGAUCCCUGUGGGGUGCCAAUCCUAUCUACUGCUGCUUAUACCUCAUCAUUACUUGAAUCUAAAGUGCAGAGUAGUACUAGUACUGCAAGUGAGAUUAUUUACCUAUUUAUUUAUUAUAACAGCACAUAUAUCACCUUUCCCAGUUAAAAACAGGUGCAAGGUAGUCAACAAAAAUUAAAAUACAAUAUAUACCAUAAAACAAUAAUAAAAGCAGCAGUUAAAGCAGAUAGAAUUUCACUGAUUUUUUUUUUUAAGGCACCAUUUUAAACACCUUGUGAACAAAAAGAUUUACAUAUGUCUUUUUGAAAAUUGUGAAAGAGUGAGCCUGUCAAACCUCCCUGGGGAAUGCAUUCUACAAAUACGGCACCUACCACCAAAAAGACUGUUUCUGGCAUCCAACAAAUGAACCUCAGCCAAUGGCAGGCUAGAGAGCAGGCUUCUGAUGCCGACCAUAGGUGAUGGGAGGUUUGUUCACGCAGAUUUGUACCAAUGGAUAACAGGAGACUGCAGUGAGUGAUGUCAAACUUUUCACCAAUAUUACAUGGAGCGAUGUUUACAAAAAGCUCCCUCUCUGAUGUAGUUUUCAUGGAAGCCAGCAAAAUAGCAUUUUAUAUAAUGUGAGCCACACACAUUAACUAACAUUUCUUUCUUGAAAUGAACAUUAUGCAUCAUGCUUCAAUGAAAACUUGGUCUACGACAUGUAAUUUGGUAUUCAGAAUGUACUCUAGUAUUUUCAGUAGCGGCCAUAUAAAACAGGUAGGCAGUUAGCUCAAGCUACAGAGUAAGUUGUUCCAGAUGAGCUUGGGCCAGAAAAUCACCAUCUGGAAAAGACACUUACUCCUUAGUUCCUUCCUCUUUUUACAACAGACUCUUCUUGGCCAUGUAGUUCCAGCCAACAGCUCUUCCAGGCUCCACUUUGUCCCAGCUUUCUCGGAACAGAAUCUAAACCAGGGAUGAGCGUUAGGUAACUUUGGAACUACUGGUAACUCCUGGGCUUAUCUGAAGCAGUGUUUGGGCUUGCUUUUUCCUCCUUGCCCUUCCCAUCAAUACUGCAAAUUCAAUUGGCUGGAUGGGUGAAGGCAUGGCUGCACCAUUUUUAAUUUCUCUCUUUGAGUGAAUAGGGUUGCUUUUACUUUCUCUCCCAUUAUUUUCUUCCCCCCACCCUCCAAAGCAGCCUCUCUUGCUCCCCUCCAGUCCUGAAGCAAAAUUAUCCUGGAAUUCAGGGGUUUGGAUGUUAAAACCCCAUAUUCUUUAGAAGUGCAUUUUUGUACAAUCUGCCAUUUUGUGAAUGGCUGUGUCUCCCCAAGCCACUAUUUUGUGCUGGUAGCUCCCAAAGCUUUGGCGCAAAAAAUAAAAAGCUCCCAGAAACCUUACUCACUCCUGAUCAAACAACUGAGGAAUCUCCAAGUGCCCUUCUGAUCUCUCAUGACAGGGACUACAGAAUUCUCAAUAAUAGGGUUUCCAUCCACACCCUUAUAAAUCACAUUGAUUUACAAGUGGAUGAAAUUAUCGUGGAAGAAGACCUCCAUUUGGAUGUAUGUUCUCGCAUUCAUGUUGGUAAUCUUGUUCAGUCUUGUGCAGCUAUGUUGUCAGUAUUCAAAGUCACAUUUUGGCUUUGGUAUCCACCAAAGAUGCCUCCAGUCUCUAGUCAAGCUUCUAGACUCAGAUAGUCUCCAUUGUAACCAAAUGCACUGUCCUUUAUUAUUACACUUCUGUCACCCAAGAUUUAUUAUUUAUUUAUUUGAUUUCUAUACCACCCUUCCAAAAGUGGCUCAGGGCGGUUUACAUUAACCAUGUACAUAAGGCCAGUUCAGGUUACCCCAUUCAGAUGACCCAACAUACCAUGGUUUGUAGGUCUGGAAAAUCUCCUGAGCCGACGUGCUCCCUCCUCCCCCUAUUUCUUCUACUUGUGUGUCUCACUGUUGGGGCCUACCUGGAGGAGACCCUCUCAGAGGAGAAUGCCCCCAACUGAGACCUGGCCCCAACUAAAACCCCUUAGAACCAACAAACCCAGAGCAAUCAAAGCUUGUCAUCCCUCCUGCACUCUUUAGAGGAGUCCUGAAGCUCUGGGGACCCAGUGCUCCCCAGCAAGGCCCCUGUCCUGUCCUUAGAACUCCCUCCAUCGUCCUUGGGAUCCCAGGAACAGAGGUAACAUGGGGCCAGGGCCAAACUCCAACACUGGAUGAAAAGUGCUUGCCUGGCUAUUCAGGACCUCCCUCCCAAUGAGACUACAAGAGAGGAUGGGGAAGUCAACUUAGGCAUCUUUGAUUCAGGGUCAGCCUGAGCACCAUCAAGGGGCAAGUCUCUUGGAUCUCAUAUAAGCCCUUCAUUUGCAGCCAGCCUGAUUCAACAGCUCUUUCCUUGAGUGUUUAACUCCAGUUGCUGCCUUGCUAGAUCCAGAUAUGGGUAGCUGCUGACAUAGUGGGUAGUUUUAAACCACUCUGUGUGUCAUCCAGACCUGAGACCACAGAAACACAUUUGGACGAUGCAUGUCCUUUUUACAUUACACCACUGAGAACUGGUGGAGUGUAGUUUCUAAAGGGCUAGAGUGAGAGUCUGGAUCUUCUGGAUUCAAAUUUAGCUACAGCACAUCCAUGAUAACAGGAAUCAUAAUACUUCCCCACAUAAGGAUUUUGUAGGAAUUAUUGAGAUUAUGUAUAGCACUGUACACUGUUGUUUAUGUUUUGGCAUGUGUGUUUGUUUUCCUCCAAUACAUCUUUUCUUGUUAAAGAAUA